AUGAUCUGGUCACUCGUGGUAGUGCUGCUGGCAGCCUCCGCCGCCAACGCCGACGUCCAGGCUUGUCUCGAAGCCAAGUCGCCGGUCGCUUGUCUUCAGUCGGAGGCUUACAGGCACGUCCGAGACCUAGUGGCUCAGGAGACCAUCGUUCUCAGCCAGGGGGUGGAACUUGUGAAGCCGAAAUCGGCCGUAGGAGCUCGCAAGGCCGAAGACGUCGCCGCCGAGGCCGUUCUCAGCGCCGAAAAGGGAGACUUGGAGCAGCGUCAGGAGGUCCUUCAGCAGUAUGUGGCCGACAAAGUGCAGGAGGCAGCUUCUGAGAGACGACUUUCCAUGCAGGUGGACACCGUCGCUUCCAGACUGUACGAAACCGUUCGCGCCGUCACCAAUGGCGAAGGUCGUGCGAUCAAGAAGAUCAUUAAGAGCCUGUUACCGGUGAUUGUUGGUUUCAUCUUGAAGGUGGCCACCCUGGUGGUGAUUUCGUACAUCGGCAUGGGACUGCUGGCAAAGAAGGCAGCCAUCGGCUCGCUCAUCGCCAUUGCCAUCUCAGUUGUCACUUUUGUGCGCAGUCUAAUUGUAAGUAAACAUGCCAAGCACCAUGAACAGGCUCAACUUCUGGGUGCCCUAGCUGGACAGGUCUCCGCGUACCAUAAUAUCGCGGCCACCCAUGACAUCGCCAACAGCAUUGCCGCCCAGCAGGCUGCCGCCGCUGUCCACGCUCUCCCCUAUGGUGGCUGGAAGCACUGAACCCAGAAAAACCACCCUUGUGACGAGGUUACCAACUGAACGACGCCAGUCCAUUCCAAAAUAGUCACCAGUGUCUUCAACCAUCUU